UCACCUCGCGAAAGCGCACGACUCGCAACGGCAUCACCGUCGCGAAUUCGAAGGAACUCGAUCGUCUGUGUGUGUCCAUCUCUCUCUUUCUUUCUUUCUCUCUCUCUCUCUCUAUCUCGCGACGAAGGCGCACGUCUCCGGGGGAUGACAGUGCGCGAUUAAACAGUGCUGAGCAUCACCGAAUAUCGUGCUUUACUUUUCCCCGCGACUACCGCUAAUUCAAGUGUCGAAUCGAGACGCACAUCUUCGGUGCCUACCGGCUCCUUACCGCCCAAACAACCGGCCGUCGCCGAAGCGAGUUCGAACGUCGCCGAUCAACACAAGACACCCGACACGAUGACGGACAAUGGGACGGCGGAACAGGAGAAACACAUGAAGCAGCUAAAGCGCAGGAUGGAAUGCUGGCGGGAAGUGAUACUCCCCUUGUAUUCCGUUUUACUAUGGGAACGCAGGUGGUAUCCAGGGUUGAUCCUUGGAUCUGUAACAACGAUAUUCUGUAUAAUAUGGAUUCUAGAACCGUCUUUGCUGGCAAUAAUAUCCAUAAGCCUGUUGAUAUUGGCUCUUGUCGAUUAUCUUGUGCCGAUUUUGACCUCGCUGUUUUGCAACGCGCAGAGUUGGACGGGACAGAAGGAAAAGAAACUAAUCGAGAUCUGUCAGAGCCUCUCAGCCACUAUGGCACAGAUUGAGAGUAUAUGGACAUCAGCCGCGAGAAUUCGGCUUGAUCGUCCUAAUAUCUACUACUGCACGACGAUCGUCUGUCUUUUCCUCUUAGCAUGGGUCACCAACACGGUCAACAAUUUGCUUCUGCUUUACAUCUUAGUGAACGUGAUUCUCCUCACGCCAGGGCUGCGACAUAAAGGACGAGCGCGUUGGGCCGUGAAAUACGCAUACAAUCGCUUAAUUCGCCGUCACUUGUCAUAAUCAUCGUAGUUCUAUAUAUCUCGUUUUUACUUCUCCUGUCGUACCACCGAAAUCCUUCGUUCUACGUACAUGUCUUAACUGCGUGCAAUGUAAAUCUACUCAUAAUAUACAUUCGACUAUAUACAAUACUACAUUUUACACGUAAUCUCAUAUAUUAAUUUUACACGUCAUCUCAUAUGCUAAUUUCGUUGUAAGAAUUAUAAAUAGUAGGCGAAUUAGAUUGAAUGUACUAGUACGCAUGUGCUAAGAGUUGAUAUUUAUUUUAGAGUAUUGAUACAUUAGAACGGUACUAUGAUUAUCUUUUAGUGAGACGAAAUAUUGUUGCCAUAGUAAAUUCGCAGACGUCGUACCGCACUUUACGUUUCAGUAUCGCUGCCGUACGAGGAAAAUCACUUUGAAUUGAUUUUCAGGGUUGUACACAUUGUUACCUGUGUAUAGGAGGAAAAAAAUCAUAGUAUAGGCUGUUUCAUCGAUUGUCCGACAUGUAUUUUAUCAAAUAAUGCGACAAUUGACAUGGAUUAGUUAAACCUAUAAAUAUUUUAUUGAGAUUAAUUAACUGUAACAUUUUAAUUUCCGCUAGUACGUCCAACCAAAUUCGCUGUAACCAAAGUUUUGCGCUCCUAACGAGAUAAAAGAUCUGUGCGAUUUAGUAGUACGUUAAUAUGCUAUGUUUCGUUAUUUUUAAGCGAUAUUUAACAUUGCAGUUUCUUCGUCAUUCGUGACUGUAUAACCUCGCGUACAUAAUUGUGAUGUACUAUUGUAGCUGAAAGAAUCUGUGUGUAUGGCAUUAUUACAUUGUUUGCGAGAAACUAUAAGAUGUUUAUCCUUUGUCAGUUCCAAAGUAAGUUCCAUUCAAAAUCGAGAGUAAAUGCAGUGCAGGAGUAUUAUAUGAAUAUUAUAUUUACUAAAGCGCAAAGUCGCUUUGUAUUUAAAAAAAUAUACUCUUCUGUGUGUAAGUCAAAAUCUUUAUCGUAUAUUUAAAUCGAGCGAUGCAAGACUAUAAAACACAUUGUAAAUGACGUUUGAAAGUGGCGCCGGUUGAAAGCGGAACAUACCGAAGCGCCAUUGGCGAGUACAGACUGCGAUAUGAUAAUGCGUUCCAGCUCCGAUAUUUUCACUCAUCGUGUCUAGGUAUUUGUGCAUCGUGACUAGAUUAAAGAGCCCGAUGCUUAUUGUUUUCA